AUGGCUACUGCCGGCUGUGACUCUGGUUUUGGCAAGGAAACAGCUAAGAAGCUAGACGCCAUGGGCUUCACGGUGCUGGCCACCGUUUUGGGGUUGGAUAGCCCAGGUGCCCUGGAGCUACGCGCCUGCUGUUCGUCUCGCCUGAGCCUGCUCCAAAUGGACCUGACCAAGCCGGCGGACAUCAACCGGGUCCUGGAAUUCACCAAGGCCCACACCACCAGCACAGGCCUGUGGGGCCUGGUCAACAAUGCCGGACACAAUGAUGUCGUGGCCGACGUGGAGCUGUCGCCAGUGGCCACAUUCCGCACCUGCAUGGAGGUGAAUUUCUUCGGCACGCUCGAGCUGACCAAGGGCCUCUUGCCACUGCUGCGCCGUUCAAGGGGUCGCAUUGUCACGGUGGGCAGCCCAGCAGGAGACAUGCCGUAUCCAUGCCUGGCAGCCUACGGGGCCUCCAAAGCUGCCAUGGUGCUGCUCAUGGAUACAUUCAGCUGUGAACUUCUGCCCUGGGGGGUCAAGGUCAGCGUGAUCCAGCCCGGUUGCUUCAAGACUGAGUCGGUGAAAAACGUGGGCCACUGGGAACAGCGCAAGCAGCGCCUGAUGGCCAGCCUGCCCCGAGAGCUGCUGCAGGCCUAUGGCGAGGACUACAUUGAGCACUUGCACGGGCAGUUCCUGCAUUCGCUCAGCCUGGCCAUGCCGGACCUCAGCCCCGUGGUAGAUGCCAUCACCGACGCGCUGCUGGCAGCCCAGCCACGCCGCCGCUACUACCCAGGCCGUGGCCUGAGGCUCAUGUAUUUCAUCCACUACUACCUGCCCGAGGGGCUGCGGCGCCGCUUCCUGCAGACCUUCUUCAUCAGCCACUGCCUGCCGAGGGCGCUGCGGCCAGGCCAGCCCAGCCCUGCCCCCGCCCGGGAUGCAGACCGAGACCUGGCGCCUCUGGGGCCUUCCCCGCUGAAGGCCCAGUGA